UAUCUAUUGUGCAACUAAAGUAUUCAUUUUUCAUACCUUCCCGUAAAAUCCCUCUUUCGAUAUUAACUAUAGUAUCAUUAUGAACAGGUUUUUGAUUAUCCACAGAAACGUCUGGAUCAGAAUCAUUUAUAAGGUAUGCUCUAACUUCCUAAAUUAUUCUAUCCGGCUGCUUGUUUGCUUUUCUUCACUUUUUUUGAUUCUGGGGUUUCCAAUCGUUUUAUAUAUAUAUAUCCUUUGUCAAACCAGAAUAAAGAAACAAUGUACACUUCAACGUUAUAUAGUGUAUUCUUCCAAAUAUCAGGUUCAAAUACAGAAACAGUUUGGACCAAAUGGUUGAUCUGAGCACCAACCAAUAGUUCUUGAACUUGGUCGAGAUGUGUAUCAACUCGGAAGUAAGAAUUUCAGCAUAGUAACAAAGAAUAUUUAUUAUUAGAUACAAUUCAAAUAUAUUUAAGACGGAAAUAUCGGCAAGAGACAUCAAGUUGAUACUUAACAAAGAAGUUUUGGUAUUCAAAAUCUAGUGCAAUCUACCCGAAAAUGCUGCUAUGGUCAGAAUUAAGUAUGCCGAUCGUUUAACAAAAUAUUAGAGUCACCUUUACUUGAUAAAAACUUACAUAGCCAGUUCUUCAGGAAAGCAGAUAAACAAGGAAUAUUAAGAUAUAUCCAGGAGUUAUAUCUUGUGUCAUACUCGGAGCACAUCAUCUGUGGAUUUGGUGAAAAAUAUCUGUGCAAUAGUUAAUAAUCCUGUACAUAAAGCUUCGUAAUUAAUCCCGCCUUUGUCAUGACAAAAUGAUCAAUGACUUGACCUAGAUCUUUUUCCAUAUUGUUGAACUAAAUUACGAACUUUAAUUAUUCCAGUACUACCAUACGAUACAAGUUUAUACGUUCUGGAGGCAGCAUUUGUCUUUAUUAAUAUUUAGUCUGUUGCUUAGAUUUAUCUAAAAUCCCUUCAAUACUUACUCUACUUAGCACCGUUUCAAAACAAAAUAAGCUCAAAGUCUAAUAAGUCAAAAGAAAAAGACUUUAUUAAUCUCACCUCAUCUCAAUUAAACUAUGAGCUGCUUCGGAGUUUCACUUUUACUAGUGGCUGAGCACAUGUGCGCUCUCACCUCUUGCAUCGCAAGAAAUUUAUUGGCUUUCCCUUUUGGGGCAUAACUAAAAAAAAUAAACUCAUUAUUUGUGAAUCUGUGACCCAUCUCAUAUAUCUUGGUAUAUAUUCUCCAGAUCACCACUUCUUUUUCACAAUUAUCUGUCUGCUGAUUGACAUCAACCCAAGUUUAUUAUCAUGUCACAAGAAGAUUCCACUAGCACUGAGUAUCAGCCGUUGUUGCCUUCUAACGUGCAACAACAAUCCACAACCAAUUAUGGAUCAACUCGUCGGUAUUCCUUUACCAACGAAUAUAACCGUUCUGGAGAAAGACCACUUUUCCAAAGAAUAUUAUCAAGUUAUCAUUCGGUCACAAACCCAAAUUCUCCAUUUGAAAACAUUGUUGCUUCUCAGCAACAACCAGUUUUCCAAGAUAACCAAAGUAUUUCUUCUAGUGGUGAAUAUAGGAGAAUGAGUGUUGUUGAUAUUGUCAAUGCAUUACGUCCUGCAAGAUUAAUUGGUAAGUGGAAACCUCUUGCAAAUUGGUAUGACUAUUACAUUUCGGAUUUAGAGAAAAUAAAGUCAAGAUCUGUUAGAAGUUAUUAUGAAGAACAAAAUGAAUUGAUUGAAAAAUUUCAAGAAAUUGAUAAUUUCCUUGAUGCUGGUAAGAUCCAUUAUAAUAUGUUGACUACUUAUGGACAACCAAACACAACCGUUAGAACCAAGUAUUCAAGAUUGCACGACGUUCCUGGGAACAUUGAUCAAGAUGUUGCAAAAUUAUUAGGAUACGACGAAGAUGAUCAUCAAAGUCAAGUUCUAACUGCAAUCUUAGUGAAUUUCCUUAUCAAUAUUUUGCUUCUUAUUGGGAAAAUCGUGGUUACAAUUUUAACUAACUCCAUGUCUGUGGUGGCAUCUUUAGUUGAUUCGAUUUUAGAUUUCUUGUCAACUUUCAUUAUUUAUAUUGUUAACAGACUAGCCACUUCUAAAGAUUGGAAGGUUCAGCAUUCUUACCCAGUGGGAAGAUCAAGAUUAGAGCCAUUGGGUAUAUUGAUUUUCUCCAUUAUUAUCAUCAUUUCAUUUGUGCAAGUUGGUCAGGAAUCAUUCAAGAAAUUAUUCAUGUCACCUGCGGACUCUCAUGUUCCAGCCGUCAUUGGUUUCGAUGCAAUUGCAAUUAUGACUAUAACAAUUAUUGCCAAGGUUGGUUGUUGGAUUUGGUGUUCUAGUAGUAGAUCAUCUUCUGUGCAAGCUUUGGCACAAGAUGCCAUGACUGAUAUUGUAUUCAAUACUGUAUCGCUAUUAAUGCCUGCACUUGGUCACUGGUUCAAUAUUUGGUGGUUCGAUCCCCUCGGUGCCUUGCUAUUAUCUAUAUACAUUGUUGUCAACUGGGGGAUGACUGCCUUUGAGCAUAUAAACAAUUUAACAGGGGCAGUGGCAGAACCAGUAGAUUACAAAGUUAUUCUAUACUUGGCAUACAGAUUUGCCGAACCUAUCAAACAAAUAACAGCAUUGAAAGUGUAUCAUGUGGGUGAUAAUUUAAAUGUUGAGAUUGAUUUGGUUUUUGCUAAUGAUAAAUUUGACUUAAGUUUUAAAGAUUGUCAUGAUAUUGCUGAAGCUUUACAAUAUUCGAUUGAGAGUUUACCUAAUGUGGAAAGAGCAUUUGUUCACAUUGAUUACAUGGAAGGAAAUUAUAAAGGACAUUUGAAGUGAGUUAAUAGCAUUAUAGAAAGAACAUACAUAAUUUGUAAACAAUAGUGUAAUAUAUAGAGUAAAUAACAUGUAAUACCUUAGUUCA